GUCACAUACCGCCGGUGAAAAUGACCGUCAUACGAAAACGGAGAUUCAACUCUUGCCGUUCUCUCUCCGCUGCUACCCACCAGCCCCUCUUGAACCUCCGCCUCCUCUUCCUUUUCGUUCCCACUUAAUUUCGGAUAGUAUUCUCUUGUUGUAUCAAAUGGGGUCGUCUUUAAUUCUCUCUCUCCUCACCGACGACCUCCUAGAACGGGUUCUUGAUUGUCUCUCCAAUGAUUCGGAUCGCAAAUCCUUUCGUGCAACCUGCAAGGUUUUCCAUGGUGUUGAAUCGGGUCAUCGCACACGUCUCAAGUUUCUACGACCCGAAUUCAUUCCGGGACUCCUCCGAAAUUACACACGGGCCGACACUCUCGACUUCUCCGUGUGCCCACGGAUCUGCGAUGGCACAAUCUCCGCGUUGCUCAACAACAUCAGCUGUUAUGGAUGGGCCCAGAGAGUGAAGAGUGUGGUGCUUUGUAGGACGACGUCUCUGAGGUCUCCGGGAUUGGAGGUGCUGGUUGGGUCAUGCCCUGGGUUGCAGUCGGUGGACGUGUCGCACUGUUAUCAGUUUGGAGACAGGGAGGCCGCAGCGCUUUCGUGUGGGGCGGAGUUGAGGGAGGUUAAGAUGGAUAAGUGUUUGAGAGUGACGGAUGUAGGAUUGGCUAAGAUAGCCAUUGGGUGUGACAAAUUGGAGAAGAUCAGCUUGAAAUGGUGUUUGGAGAUAACUGAUUUGGGGAUUGAUCUCUUAUCAAAAAAGUGUCUCCAUUUGAAGCAUCUCUCCAUUUCAUACCUCAAGAUAAGUAACGAGUCACUACGGUCCAUAAGUAAUUUGAAGGAGUUGGAGAAGUUACUAAUGGUGGGGUGUGGAUUAGUGGACGAUGGAGGCUUGCAUUUUCUUGGAAAUGGUUGCCCUUCACUUCAGGUAUUAGACAUAACGAGGUGUGAACAUGUGAGUUCUUCUGGCCUAAUUAGUGUCAUUAGAGGAUGCAAAGGCCUUCAAAAUCUCAAUGCGGGUUACUAUUUUCUUGAGCUUUCCCCCGAUGUUUUUCACAACCUUAAGGACUUGAAGUAUCUGAAAACAAUUAAAGUUAAUGGAGCUCGAGUUGCUGACUCAUUCUUUCAGAUCAUAAGUGCUAAUUGUUUGUUUUUGGUUGAAGUUGGUUUGAGCAAAUGUGAAGGAGUGAAUGAUGUAGGUAUUAUGCAGCUUGUAUAUGGGCGUCCCAACUUGAAAAUGCUCGAUUUAACAUGCUGUGAUGACAUCACCGAUGUGGCAAUAUCAGCCAUAGCAAGCUCAUGUAGAAAACUUCUGUGCCUCAAGUUGGAGUCUUGUUCAUUGCUCACUGAAAAAAGUUUCAGUUAUCUGGGGUCAUCAUGCCACUUACUUGAGGAGCUCGAUCUAACUGAAUGUCAUGUGAAUGACAUAGGACUUGAUAAUCUGUCUAAAUGUUCUGAGCUGCGGUGCUUAAAGCUGGGGAUUUGUACUGAUAUCUCAGACACGGGAUUGUCAUAUAUAGCUUCACAUUGCAAAAUUGAAGAACUUGAUCUAUACCGGUGUUCAAAUGUUGGUGAUGAUGGAUUACGGUUUUUAGCCACUGGUUGUAAAAAGAUGAGGAAGCUAAACUUGUCUUACUGCACUAAGGUUACAGAUAAAGGGAUGGUGUAUCUGGGCCUGCUGGAGGAACUAUCUGAUCUGGAACUACGUAGUAAUGGCAAUGUCACAGACACAGGUCUUAUAGCUCUUGCAUCUGGAUGCAGGAAACUUUCAGAAUUGGAUAUUAAAAAUUGUCAGAACAUCGGUGAUGCUGGGUUUUGGUCGCUUGCAUUCUAUUCUUGGAAUCUGCAACAGAUAAACCUAAGCUACUGUUCAGUAUCUGAUGUGGGUUUGUGCAUGAUGAUGGGGAACUUGACACGACUGCAGGACGCAAAGCUGGUGAACCUGGCUAAAGUAUCAGCAAAAGGGUAUGAAGUUGCACUUAGGGCUUGUUGUGCUCGCCUUAAAAAGGUUAAGUUGAUUGGUUCUGUUAGGCCUCUUCUUACCCAAGAGCUUCUUCAGACUCUUGCAGCAAAUGGUUGUAGAGUCAGAUGGGAUUAAGAUUCAAAGUUUGAUCUGUUGGGGCUAAGGGAUGGUGACCUCACAAUGGCGAAGGCGUCUUGUCGACUCAAUCCACGCUUCUGGGAACUUACGGUAUUCGCUUUCAUGUUGAUUCCAUUUAUGUCUUGGGAAACAAAGUCUUGAAUAUCAAUGCCUCUACUUUCGAUUUCCUUUUCUAAAGAGCCCUUUUCCAACUCCAGCUCACUCACUGCAGGUGGCGAGUUUCUGUACAUCAAAUAAACACAGAACUGUACGGCUCCUAGUAAUAUCCCUAAUGCAUUUGGCACCUGCAUGCAAUAACAUUUACAUAUGGUAAUGGGAUGUCAGUUCCCACAGCUAUUUCCAUUGAAUAUAUAGGGUGAUUCGGUAGAGGUAAAGUCUGUUUACAUUCUAUCCCAAGAACCCACCAUUGGAUGAGGGGACUUACUGAGCUUAUUUGGUUUGGUUUGGUUUGGUUUGGUUUGGUUUGGUUUUAGUUGAUUUUUAGAAAAGUGGCCUUUUGAUCCAUGAAUCUUUGUGAGUUCAUUUGUUUACUGUUGAAAAAGGAAGAAAUGAGAGGACGAGAAGAACACUUACAACGACAAAGAUAUCUGUGACCAACAAUGCGAAAGCAAACCAAACACACCCGUUGAUGAACAAAGAGAACACGAGGAGAAUUGGCAUGUACUCCACGCUCUUCAUCGUUAUGGUUGUUUUCUGUAUGUAUAGCGUGUAAUCAGUGUUAAAACCUUUAAAAUACGCUAAACAUUAGUCUUCACCAACAAGAACAAAGGGGUUAGACUUUAGAGUGUUUUGCUGCUUGGCUGUUAAACCUUAGGGCCCCAAGCUGGUUUGGACAAUCCCAGUUACCAGAAAAAGCGAAGGGUCAAUUAGCCUACCAAUGCAGCAAGAGGUGCAGCAUACAUCAUUGUCGUGAAAGUUGCACAAAGAACUCCUGUGAACGUGCGUUGUGAGCCUUUCUCAAACGCAACAAGUGUGAACGCCACGACCACCCCAAAACAUACCACGUCCAACACCACAAACCCGAAAUACGUAACCUGAAAAUAAGAUUAUCAAUCAUUGCAAAUUGCCUUCAAAAUAUCGCUCUCAUGGAAAUCUUGAUUACCAAAAAGCAUUCAUUUACCCUUUUUUCCUUGGAAGAAUAGAAGAACAGUAGAGCGAGGUAGAGCGCUUGCAUGGUCACACCAGCUGCGUUAACCGUGACGAUAAGGAGACCAUCAUCAGGGUCAAGUAGACCAUACAAGAUCCACAAAGAACAACUCAAUAACGUCACGAUAUAUGGUGUUCCGUUGUAGUUUUCAGCAGAUUUUCUUUUCACAAUCUCCCUAAACUGUGAUCUGCGACAUUUACAACGUUGGAAUCGUGUCAAUUUUCAUUUCUAUACAAAACCAAACCAAACCAAACCAGCUCAGGAUAUCCAUGAUUGUUUUUGUAUUUAAACUUACAUGGGAGAAGUGAAAGUUAGUAUGGAGAUGACGUUUCCUGCAUGAACAAACAAACAUUUAAAUCCAAAAUAUUCAUAUUUUUCCGCAUUUGCAGCAUGCCAAAAUCUCGAAGACAGACGGAGAGUCGAGAGCUCACCUACGAUCCCGAUGACGAAGGCAGCAUCAACCAUAGUGUUGAUCAGCUUAGAAGCACAAGGGAUGGAUUUUGGAGGAGUUUGAUGAGAAAUGAAAAGAAUGUUGAUGGUUUUAUGGGUUGUCCCCAUGAAUGCCCAUUGUUGGAUUUUAGCUCAUCAUUUUUUGUAUGUUGUGCUGUUGUUUGACUGUGUUUUCAAUGGUCAACAUGAAGUGAUCCUUAACUUCAAUUUACAUGGAUUUUAAAACA